UCCGGGUGGGAGGCGACCUGACCAGUACAAGAAACCCCACAGCGGCUGGCAUUUAUGGUUUUUAACCCGAAAGGAGCACUUGUGAGAGUGUGGCAGAGUUAAUCAAAAGCCCGGAUCAUCAUGGACCCAAACGCCAGCGGACUCGCCCAGAGGUUGGCUGAAGCCGGCCAGUCUCAUCUCCUGCAGUUUUGGAAUAAGCUGAGCCCCGAGGAGCAGGCCGACCUGACCCGCGACCUGCAGGGGAUGGACUUUCAGGAGAUCAAUGGAUUCUUCCAGAAGGCCAUGGAGAUGUCCAGCAGCAGCAAACACGAGAAGAUGGACGCCCGCAUGGAGCCGGUGCCGCGGGAGGUGCUGGGGAGCGUGACGAGGGACAGGGAGAGUCUCAAAGACUGGGAGCUGGAAG